AUGCCACCAAAGAAGAAACCUAAAACUAAAGAAGAAAUAAAAGAGCAGAAACGAAUUGCGGAAAGAUUAAGAUAUCAACGGCUAAAAAAUGACCCUGUAAAAAGAGAGCAAUUGAAGGAAAAAGAACGACGAAACUACCAAAAAAAGAAGGAAAAAGGUACAAGAAAGUCAGUUAAAGAUAUGAGUCGACGUGAACACAAAGCUAUGACUAAAGAAUGGAGAAAGCACUGUGCUACCUAUCGUGCAAAAAAAAAAGCUUUGAAAGAAAUUACAAACAAUUUUGUACGACAAAAUACGCCCGAAUCCGAAGGUUCACCUUCUCCUCAAAGUUCUGUCUCUCCAUCAAUACUACCUAUGACCACUCCACGAAGUAAUGCAAAGAGUGGUCAUGGCAAAGGGGCCCCUGAUGGCGUUGGAGCGACCUGCAAGAGAACCGCUGACGCCGUCGUCGCUACAGGAGGUGAUAUUGAUAGCUUGGAAUCAUUUGUAGAUGCCAUUCAACGAAGAUGUUCCGCAAUUACCUUGUUCACAAUCGACGAUAAAGCCAUCCAAGAAUUGACAGACGACCUUCAAAAUGAAACAGUUAAUUUAAAAAGCUUUAAUGGAACUCUAAAAAUACAUCAAGUAAAGGCUGAAAUAUUAAGAAGUCCUCUGGAAUCAGCUCCAUGUGCCGCUAAACUCAUAAUGAAAAGUUUAAGUUGUACUUGUGAAGACGAUUGCCAGCAUUUCAAUUUGGGAGUGUUAGAGUACAAAAACAAGACAAAACUUAACGUAGAUGAUAUUUACACAGACUCUGAAAGUGAAAACAUGGACAACUCACAGGAUUCCACAAUGGAGAUCGACGACGACGCUGCACUGGCUGGACCUAGUUCAAUCAACCAACAGAAUUACACCAUCGGUGAUUACGUCUUGGUUAAAUUUCUAGUAAGAAAGACUGAAUAUUGUUAUGCAGCAGUAAUCAAUAAGAUAGACACGGAAGAAGGCGAACUAACAGUAACCUUCUUAAAAAUUUGUGAUGACAAAGGACACACAUUCAGAGUCGAUGAAAAUGAUGUUUCUGAUGUGUCCUUUGACCAAGUAUUAAAGAAGUUGCCAAACCCAGAUAUUGCCCUAAAAGGGAAACGAAUAUUUUAUUAUUUUAAUACACCUGUACCUGUUUUUGAGAAAUAA